GCCGCGCUGGCGCUGGCGCUGCUGGCGGCGGCGCAGCCCGGAGCGGCCGCCUGGCACCGGCGGGAGGCGGAGCUGUUCCUGGAGAAGUACGGCUAUUUCGGAGAGCCGGGUCCCGGCAGGCGCAGCCCCGCGGAGUUCAGAGCGGCGCUGAGGGAUUUCCAGCGGGUGAGCCACCUGCCGCGCAGCGGCGUGCUGGACGCCGCCACGGUGCACCAGAUGGGCCGGCCCCGGUGCGGCACGGAGGACGCGCGGAGCCGCGGGCGCCGGAAGCGUUACGCCCCGCACGGCGGCAAGUGGCACAAGCGGCACCUAACCUAUCGGGUGGUGAACUGGCCCUCGUACCUGCCGCAGCACGAGGUGCGCCUGGCCGUGAAAGCCGCCUUCGAGCUCUGGAGCAACGUGUCCUCGCUGGUGUUUUGGGAAGCGCGGGAUGGCCCGGCCGACAUCCGCCUGACCUUCUUCCACGGGGACCACAACGAUGGACUCAGCAACGCCUUCGAUGGACCAGGAGGUGCCUUGGCCCAUGCCUUCUUCCCCCGCCGCGGAGAGGCCCACUUUGAUAACGAUGAACGCUGGUCCCUGCACAGCGGCAAAGGGCGCAACCUCUUCGUCGUGGUCGCGCACGAGGUCGGCCACACGCUGGGGCUGGAGCAUUCCCCCGUCAAGAGCGCCCUGAUGUCUCCGUACUACAAGAAGCUCAGCAAGGAUUUUGUCCUCAGCUGGGAUGACAUUUUGGCUGUCCAGAACUUAUACGGGAAACCUUCCAAGGGCUCAGCCGUCCAGCUCCCCGGAAAGGUGUUUGCUCACUUCCAGGACUGGAGCGCCGACCUUUUUGGUGAGGAAUGGCGGCAGAGGAGCCUCAGUGCCUAUUACUGCCACUCCUUCUUCGAUGCCAUAACCGCCGAUGUGGAUCACAACCUGUACAUCUUCAAGGGCAGCCACUACUGGCUGGUGUCGGUGAGCGGUAACGCCAGCGACCCGCGGCCCCUGCACGCCCGCUGGCCCGGCCUCCCCUCCGGCAUCGACGCCGCUGCCUGCUCCGAGCUCACCGGCAAGUUUUACUUCUUCAAAGGUGGCCGAUGUUGGCGCUACAAAGGCUCCACCUUGGAGCUGGGUUUCCCCCAGAAGUGCAGCGCCGGUGGCCUCCCGCGGCACCCCGACACGGCCCUCUACUUCCAGCAGCUCCGGCACCUGGUGCUCUUCAAAGGGCCCAAGUACUUCGUGGUGAGCGAGGAGACCCUGCGUGUGGAGCCCUACUACCCCCGGAGCCUGCGGGACUGGGACGGGCUGCCCCCCGGCACGACGGGCGCCCUCAGGCACCGCAACGGCUUCAUCUACUUCUUCCGGGAUGACCAGUACUGGCAGUUUGACCAGGCAAAGCUGCAGGUGGUGGCCACUGGCAAGUGGGCCGCAGAGCUGCCGUGGAUGGGCUGCUGGGACGCCAAUGGCGGGCAGGUCCUCUUCUGAGCUCCUCCGCGCCCACGUACCGCGUUCAUAGACUCUACUUGAAUUCCCGUUUCCAAGCGGCUCGGCAGGGACUGACGGUGUCCACCAGGUCCCCAGGCCACCCUGCCCUCGGGUGGACAGGUCGGGUCUCCCCACGGACCGCUGGGGCCCUGGGGGAGCUGCUUCCCUGGAGAGCCGCGGCCUGGUGGGUCACAGCCUGGAGGAUGCAUCCUUCAGCCCAGGCUGGUUGGACAGGGCCAAGCGGGCUCCGUGCCGAGCCGGGCAGCGCCGGGGGCGGGCGCGGGGUUUCGGCGGGGCGGCGAGCCGCGGCCGGGGCUCGAGGGCGCCGGAGCGCGGUGCUCCCGUGGGCGGGGGGCGGCUGGCGGGUUCUCCGCUGUCUCGUAGGGCUGCGAGAAGACGCCGGCUGGAGCCUCUCCCCGGGCAGCACGGGCAGCCGGCGCGUCUGCUCGGGGUUUUUUUAUCCCGCGUUAUCUGUGAGCGACCCCUCCCUGCGCGGGCAUGGCGAGCGCGUCCGCUCCGGGCUUAAAAUCUCAGGGGAUUUUCAACGUUGCCAAAGAGACGGGGCCUCGUCCUGGUUUUAUUUGGAAAUGAGCAGUAAUGAUGCACCGUGGACUGCAGUGAAUCCCAAAGGCUUGGAGCCCUGAACGUCAAAAAAAAAAGAAAAAAAAAAAAGAAAAAAAAAAAAGCCCUCUGGAUAUUCAGUGUCGGGAUUUCUGUUUGUUUU